AUGAGUAAUGAAACAAUUCAUGUUAUUGAAGAACGUGAUAAUAUUACAGACUUAGAUAUGAUGUAUGGAACAAUGCUAUUUGAAGAAGUCAAUGAUGCUACUUUACUUGAUAAAUGUGAGGAUGAAAUUAUGGUCAACGAAAAUGAAGAAAGUCCACUCGACUCGGACACAAGUACUGCAAAGGAUACGCUUGAACCAGAAAAGGUUUUGGAUUUAAAUGACAUUUUACAACAGCUUGCUGGCAAUCUUGAUCCUCUGCAUAUUUCCAAAUUCAACAUAUGCCGAAGUGAUAUUUGGGCUGGGAUAUUGCGAGAAUGUCAAGAAAUCUUUCUCCCAGAUAGAAAGGUUUCAGUAAAGUUCACCGACGACCUAUUGAGAAAGUAUCAUCCGGUAAACUUUUCUGUGGAAAGGAGAAAGGUAUUAUCUCUUGACGCUAAGGCUCUGAAAGAACAAGAAUAUUUCUAUGCAGGGCAACUCUUUGCUAUGGCAAUAGUUCAUUGUGGAAUUGGCCCUCGUUGUCUUAAUCCAGUCUUGUUUGAUUCACUUGUAAAUGGGCCAAGUGAAAUUGUUGUACCUGUCGAAUCUGUGUAUGACCUAGAAUUGCAAGUAGGCCUACAGCAGUUAAUAUCUGCUGAAUCAGUGGAAGAGGCAAAUGAAAUAAUUGCAAAUAAGAAAUUAGAUAGUGUUUUAGAGCUAUCUGGUUCGUUGAGAUCGAGGAAAAGUGUUGAUGAUGUUAAAGAUGUUGCACGUGAGACAGCUUAUUGGUAUAUUCUGGGUAGGACUCGGCCUGCGUUUGAAAGUUUCCGUAACGGUCUCAAUUGCUUAGGUGUUCUUGACUCUAUUCUUUGCAACCCUUCCACAUUUCACAAGGUUAUGUGUUUUCACGAACAACAGCUUUCAUCAGUUGUACUUGGAAAUCUAUUUUCAGUUCGUAAGGCGAGGUGGAAUCGAAUAGAUGGAGAGUAG